CAAAUCAAAUCAAAUCAAACAAACCGCAAAGUGCAUUUUUCGUGUGAAGUGAAGAAUAAAUCCAAAGAAGAACAAAUUGAAAUUGCAAAUUGUUACAUAUAUACAAAAGUGAUAACAACAAAUGGCACUUGAGGAUCGCUGCAGUCCACAAACAGCGCCCAGUCCACCAGGUUGUCAACCACAAACACCGCAGCAGCAUCCACAGCAACAGCAGCAGCAGCAUCCACAUCAAGUGAUUCACUCGUUACCCAUCGCAAUCUCAGCUUUAGAUAUGAGCCUGCAGCCGGGCACUGUGGCAACAGCUGCCUCGCUCUAUCAGCAACAGCAACUGCAACAUCUGCACCAGUUGCAACAGUUGCAGCAACUGCAUCAGCAGCAAUUGGCUGCCGGCGUCUUUCAUCAUCCGGCGGCCAACUUUGAUGCGGCUGCUCUGCAUGCGGCUGCACUGCAGCAGAGAUUGAGUGCGGGCGGUUCGCCGGGUGCCCAGUCAACGGGCGCCUGCUCCACGCCCGCCUCCACGCUGACCAUCAUCAAGGAGGAGGAGAACGAUUCCAUAAUGGGCGAUAGUUUCCACAAUCAGACGGCCAAUACGACGGCCACCGAGGACGAUGAGGAGGAGGACGAUGACAUUGAUGUGGAUGACACGGCUUCGGUUUCCGCACGGCUGCCGCCGCCGCCGCCAGCUCAUCAGCAGUCGAAACAAUCGAAGCCAUCGCUGGCCUUCUCCAUUUCCAACAUACUCAGCGAUCGAUUUGGCGAUGCUGCCAAGCAAUGCAAGCAAGGCGAAUCCACUUCCUCCUCUACCUCAUCCUCCACAUCCUCCUCCUCGUCGGCGGCGGCUGCCGCAGCAGCGGCAUCCUUCAUCUUUCGCCCCUUUGAGGCGAGUCGCGCUGCAGCUGCCACGCCCUCCGCCUUCACGCGUGUGGAUCUGCUGGAGUUCAGCAGGCAGCAGCAGCAGGCAGCCGCCGCAGCGGCCACAGCAGCCAUGAUGCUGGAGCGAGCCAAUCUGCUCAACUGCUUCAAUCCCGCCGCCUAUCCGCGCAUCCACGAGGAGCUCGUCCAGAGUCGCCUGCGACGGAGUGCCGCCAACAAUAAUCCCAAUGCAGUGUUGCCGCCGACGGCCAAGCUGGAGUCGGGUGGCAUGGAGAAGUCCGCGUUGGGCUCGUUGUGCAAGACGGUCUCCCAGAUCGGCCAGUCAACGACGACGACGGCGAUGACGACACCAGUUGGUGCCGCAUCCUCGAGCAGCAGCAGCGCCUGUCAUUUGGCCAGUCCACCGCCCGCCUCGAAUGCCUCCACCAUCAGCAGCAGCAGUAGUUCCUCCUCCGCAGCAGCCAGCAGCAGCAGCAGCAGCAGCAGUGGCGCCUCCUCAUCGGGCUGCUCCUCGUCGACCAGCUCGCUGAACUCCUCGCCCAGCAGUCGUUUGGCAAAUGGAGGUGGCGCCAAUGCCGCUAACAGUCCCCAGCCCAUUCCACCACCCUCGGCGGUUAGUCGAGACUCGGGCAUGGAAUCCUCGGAUGACACCCGCUCCGAGACGGGCUCCACAACCACCGACGGCGGCAAGAACGAGAUGUGGCCAGCGUGGGUCUACUGCACCCGCUACAGCGAUCGUCCCAGCUCAGGACCCCGCUAUCGUCGCCCCAAGCAACCAAAGGACAAGACCAAUGACGAGAAGCGUCCACGCACCGCCUUCUCCAGCGAACAGUUGGCACGCCUCAAGCGCGAAUUCAAUGAGAAUCGCUACCUCACCGAAAGACGCCGCCAGCAGCUGAGCGGAGAGCUGGGUUUGAAUGAGGCACAGAUCAAGAUCUGGUUCCAGAAUAAGCGAGCCAAAAUCAAGAAGUCGACUGGAUCGAAAAAUCCCCUCGCCCUCCAACUGAUGGCCCAGGGUCUGUACAAUCAUACGACGGUGCCGCUGACCAAAGAGGAGGAGGAGCUCGAGAUGCGCAUGAACGGCCAGAUACCGUAAGAAGGCUCCACAUCUCCCCCCUCAUCUCCACAUCAACUCCCCCACUCCCGGCUGGUUCCAAGUGUGUGCAAUAUGUAAGGAAAUGGAUUUUGUAAAGUUUUGUGCGAUGUACAAAAGUGUUCAUGUGAUAUAAUUGUAAUAUACAACUAUCUAUACAUAUAACUAUAUCUAUAUUGUAUCGUAUCGUAUCGUAUCGUAUUGUAUUUGAUAAGCUUCAACGUUCUAAUCUAAGUUCUUGCUGACGAGAGUAUUUAUUUAACCCACAUAGAAAGUAUUAUUAUCCUUCUUACGGCUCGAAACAAGCUGCUUCUUAAAUGCUUUGCACUCGAAAGUUCAACAAGAAAACCCAAUUUUACUCCUCUAUCUAUCAAUCUACACUUAUUUCUAGACAAAAAGUAAAACAAACAAAUACUUAUGUAUAAUUCAAUAUUAAUGCUUAACAUGUUAUAAGUAAUUUAAAAGUUCUUUAGCUUAAUUUCUAGUUUAGAGAAAAAAUAUGAAACACACUAAAAAGAAGUAUUUC